AUGUCUAUGUUUAUUGGCUCUCUGUUUAUUUUUAUGGAUGUUCUAUUUUAUGCUAAAUUGAACUAUUGCAUGGAAAUAGAUUUUUGCGUACCUGUUCGAUUUGAUCAUAAACAUUUAGAAAUACAUACUAUUCGACAGACGGAGGAGAGAAGGAAUGACCAACUAGUUGUUUUUAAAAUAACGGCUUUCAGUCAAGAAUUUUAUCUCAACCUUUUACCGGAUUCUACAUUUAUUUCGCCCAACAUCCCUCCUCACAGCGGCUCCUUAGCAUCAAAUUCCUCUGCAAACACAGACCUGAGCCACUGCUUCUACUCUGGUGAUGUCAACGCAGAACAGGAAUCGUAUGCUGCGCUGAGCCUCUGCAAAGGCUUACAAGGCUCCUUUUCUUACCAGGGCAUGGAAUAUUUCAUCAAUCAGCUUGGGAACGAGAGGGCAGGAGGAGUAUAUACAGUGAAUACUGAGAGAAGAACCCAUGUCAUACGCCGCCGGGGACCGGACAGAGACUCCAGCGGUAAUUCCACCACGAAUAGGUGUGGAGUAGGACCUGGUUUGACCCAAAACAUUUCAGAGUCUUUUGAGAAAUAUAAACACAUGAAAGGACUGGAGCUGGACAGCCUGACUGAAACUGUAUUGAAGAGCCUGGGUAGAUCCAAAAGGUUUGCCUCCAUCCCUAGGUUUGUGGAGGUUCUCGUCGUGGCUGAUGAGUCUAUGGCCAAAUUCCACGGGGAUGACUUGAAACAUUACCUGUUGACACUGAUGUCUGUUGCUGCGAGGCUGUACAAGCACCCCAGCAUCAUGAACUCCAUAAACAUAGUGGUAGUGGGCUUCUUGGUGAUUAACGAAGCAGAGAAAGGACCCAAGAUUUCCACCAAUGCUGCCCUCACUCUGCGCAGUUUCUGUUCUUGGCAGAAACAUUUAAACAAAUACAAUGACAAGCACCCUGAAUACUGGGACACUGCAAUUCUAUUCACCAAACAGGUAAGGAGUGGUGAGAUGCAGCCAGGUGUCAACUAUUUUUGAUGUUUGCUUGCAGAUUAGCUUCCAUGCAAUCCUCAAUUAUUUCCAUUUGGAAUAAUUAUCUCAUUAUGUCACCCAAUACAUUAUCUGCAAAUACAAUACUAAGUGCUCUUUUAUAGACACAUCUCUGUGUGUUACAUGUAGCCUGAUAAUGCUAAGACAAGGUAGGGUUUGGGUGUCAAUUCCUUUUCAAUAAAGGAAGUAAACUAAAAUUCCACUUCCAAUUCUAAUUUGUACUCUAUGCAUCUCUACGAGAAAAAAAUGAAAACAUUGUUUGCAACUGCACAGCUGACAAGCAUCACAUCUGUCUUCACAUCUUAAAAGUCGACCCUCCUUUUUCCUAUCAUGAAUCAUGUUGCAGAAGAUUUAGCAUAAAAGUCCACACUAUUAGGAUCACUGAGCCAAAAAACAUGCUCAUGGAACAAGAAUUAACUAUAUGAACAAAGACUGUUUCACAUCUUUCAGGAAAGUGGCUAUAGCCGGUCACCUAUUUUUCCAUCCCAACCAUAGAGAUAGAUAGAGGACUCAUCUUUAUGUCUGUGCCAUUAUAGCAUCUGUGACAGCAUGGGCACCGCCAUUGAGGCUACAACCCAUAGGAAUCUCCACCCAUUUGACUACUUUGACUACUUUAAAUUGGCGGAAACAUGGUGGAAGCCCUCAAUGGCGCUGCCCAUGCUAAAACUGCCUUUUGGCCACUAGAGGCCUCUAUCAUUCUCUAUGAUCCCAACCCAUGUUAGCACCAUGUCACUAAGUUGAGAAAUGCCACAGGUAGAACAGGCCAGGCAGGAUUUGCACUAGCUCUGGUCCAGGGCUUCAGUGCAGCUUGCUAACGGAAGGCUCAUCGUUAGCAUUAACGCCCUGAACCAGAGCUAGGAUUUUACACACUCAUAUGGUGGAAUGGGAAGUAUCCAUUUCUCUGUGAUGAUCCACUCACUUCUAGCUGUGAGCCUUUAGACCUGCCUCUCAGCCUGGACUCAGCCAGUCUGUCUGUUUUACAUUAAGCCUAGCUUGGCUGGGAGCAAUCUGAUGCAUUGGUUCUCUUCGAGUGCAUAGCAACAUGCAUAACAUUUAAUUCUGAGACUGAUUCUGUCCAACUGUGAUCAAAGUGGUGUAAAAUGAUCCUGUAAGGGUUGGGGUGAGGUGUGACCCAGGUGCGGUGCAGGAUAUACAGUAGGCAGUAGGCAGAGAUGGUGAAACAAGGAUCUUUACUGGUGGUCCCGAAGCCAGUAUCCAAAAUAACGGACUUAUCACGAUAAAAGAAAGGCGGAGCAAAUAAGUCUCCAAAAACCGACUGACAGCCAAAAUACGAAAUACUACCUAAGAUGGAAACAAAUAACGAAACAGGGAGAACACUUCUCAAGUACCUGUACAAAGAUCUCAGAUCAGACACUGAGUAGUACUGCUAGACAUAGAGAAACUAACAGAGAAAACUGAGCAAGGGAACACAGUUAAGUGAGGGCAUGAAUAUACAGGUGAACAGGUAGACACAGGUAACACCAAUAGGAUACUGAUUAGUCCAGACUGUGAGUGAGGAGGUGCCUAAGGUUGUCUGAGGAUGACACCUAGUGGGUCGAUCCGGAACUGCGACCCCCUCCUGUAACAUGAUCACACUUAUAUGGCGAAGAUGCCUUGACCUAUACAAUAACCCUAUUGGGAUAAAGAGAGUUUAUUGACUUUAUUGGGGAAGGGGGUUAUUGAAUUGAAUAUUGUAGGCUAGAAGCAUGGUGUUAAUGUGCUUGUAUGAAUGAACAAUGCAGUUAUAUCGGAUUAGAAUUCUCAGACUCAAACAAAAUAAACUUGUAUUUGAAAGCGUUGUACAAUGGUCAAGUACAAUACCUUUUAAUCAGUUCCGUUGUCAGACAGACACGUGGCAGUGCAAUUGUACUUCUCUGACAGCUGUAACAUUCCCUAAGCAUCUUGUGGAUUAAAGGGUUAGUUCACUGGGCCAGAUUGUUUGCACAUCAGAGAGAGAGAGGGAGAGAGAGAGAUAUAAAGAAAUGGGCCCAACCAGAACAAUGGACCGGAUUGUUAGUGUUUUCUGCUUUAAUAUCUACCAAAAGAUGGUGGAUAUGCAAUGCAAUAACAACACACUUAUACACGUAAGACAAAUUACAUUACACACCAACACACCUCACCAUCUCAUCACAUUGUCCAGAUGAUCACAUUUCAUUUGUCUCCUUCAACAGGACUUGUGUGGAGCCACUACCUGUGACACCUUAGGCAUGGCAGACGUGGGCACUAUGUGUGAUCCGAAGAGAAGCUGCUCUGUCAUCGAGGAUGAUGGUCUCCCUUCGUCCUUCACCACUGCUCAUGAACUG